AUGUGUCUGGUCUUACUUCUGCUGCUGGUGCUCCUGCCUCUAGGGAAGGCUGCACAGCAGAGGGAUGGCCGACAAACUCAGAGCUCUGUUUCCCCUGUGAUCCUAGAAAGGAAUCGCAGGGAGCUCCCCAUUGGCAACCACGAGGAAGCUGAGGAGAAGCCAGAUCUUUUUGUUGCGGUGCCACACCUCGUAGGUGCAGGAGAAGGCCAGAGGCAGAGAGAGAAGAUGUUGUCCAGGUUUGGCAGGCUCUGGAAGAAGCCUGAGCGAGACCUGCACCCAUCCCAGGACUUGGUCAGUGAGCACUUCCCACCUGGGACCCAUGCCCUCACUCAGCCAAAAGAUGGGAUGCAAAUGGAGAAAUCUCCUCUUCGGGAAGAGGCCAAGAAAUUCUGGCACCACUUCAUGUUCAGAAUGAGUCCGGCAUCUCAGGGGAUCAUCCUGCCCAUCAAAAGCCAUGAAGUGCAUCAGGAGACCUGUAGGACAGUGCCCUUCGGCCAGACGAUCACCCAUGAAGACUGUGAAAAAGUAGUUGUACAGAACAAUCUUUGCUUUGGGAAAUGUGGGUCUGUUCGUUUUCCUGGAGCUGCACAGCACCCCCACACCUUCUGCUCCCACUGCUCACCUGCCAAGUUCACCACGAUGCACUUGCAGCUGAACUGCACUGGCUUUGCCCCUGUGGUCAAGGUGGUGAUGCUAGUGAAGGAAUGCCAGUGCAAGAUGAAGACUGAGCAUGAGCAUGGACACCUCCUACAGGCAGGCUCCCACGCAGAACUUCAUGCCCAGGAUCCCUUCAUCCCAGGAUUUUCCACUUAA